CUGGAUUCGGUCAGGACUAGGCGGGGAGGGACUUUCUGGACACUGCGCAACAAGUGCUAGGGCGCAAGAAGUGGCUGAUUAGAGUGAAUGACACGUCAUGAGGUAGCUCACACAGGAGACGGGUUUUUGAGUGGAUGAUUAGGUACGAUAUUACUACCUCAACAACUCCAUAUUUCAUGUAGCCUACUGCCGCUUAGAAAGGAUGUGCCGCAGUAAAGUUUAUCCGGACUUUGACAGCGCGCCGUUGGAAGUUUCCCCUCAUGUCACAGCCCAGAAAACAGUCCGGAGGACUUCUUACAACACGGAAUGACAAAGAUGCAGCGUUCCACAACCCUGGCGAUUUACUUUCCUUUAGGGUUUAAUCGCAGAAGUAGCGCUGGAAGUUUACAGCUGUUGAGGAAGCAGCAGGUGAGCAGCGGAGCGUGAGAUUUGGACAGCAGCUCGAUCAAACUGUGCUUCAAUGUGACGGAAGGCAAAGUGAAAUGGUCCCGACUUGUUACAGAAGCUGGGAGGAUAUAACUUGAAAGGAGCGUGUUUUUAGAAAGGGGAAAAAAGAAACUCAGUCCACCAUGAGAGCGCUGACUUUACUGUGCGUAAUUGUCGGGCUGUGGGAGUCGAGCCUGAGCAACCGAAACUGUCCGGACCUGAUCGUUGACAGCUGUCACUGCUCGGCGGAGAGGUCCAAGGACCUGAGCAGGCAGCAUGUCCGAGUCAAAGUGGUGUGCGAUGAUGUGGACCUGAUGGACACCCUGCAGCCCCGCUUCCUACCCAACACAACUGUGUCCCUAAACCUGAGUAACAACAAGAUCUCCCUGCUAAGGAAUGGCUCCUUCUAUGGCUUGGCUGCCCUAGAAAAACUGGACCUGAAGAAUAAUUUGAUAAGCACAGUGGAGCACGGGGCCUUCCGUGGUCUGUUGGCUCUGAGGAGACUGGACCUGUCCAAAAACAGGAUUGGCUGUCUCUCGCCUGAAAUAUUUCUGGAUCUGGGCAACCUCUCAAAAUUGAAUUUAUCUGGGAACAUCUUCUCUACUCUGACCGUGGGACUCUUUACACACCUCGUGGCUCUCAGAGUGCUGCACUUCAGCACUGAGACUUUGUUCUGUGACUGUCAGCUGAAGUGGCUGCUCCUCUGGGCUCGAAGUAAAUCCAUGAGGAUUGGCAACGACACGGUGUGUGUGUUCCCCACACACCUCCACGGACUGGAGUUUUGCAAACUACGUGAACAACAGCUCAGAUGUGAUGGACCUCUGGAGAUGCCCCUCUUCCAGCUCAUCCCCUCCCAGAGACAAGUGGUUUUUCGCGGGGACCGUCUACCCCUGCAGUGCACCGCCUCCUACCUGGACCCGUCGGUGGAGCUGCGGUGGCGUCACAACGGCCACAGCGCCAUCACGCAGGAGGACCGGGGCGUCUACGUGGAGGAAACACUGCUUCACGACUGCUGCCUGCUCACCAGUGAGGUCAUCCUCUCCAACAUUGACGUGGCCACUGCUGGCAUCUGGGAGUGCCUGGUGACCAGUUCCCGUGGCAACACUUCCCAGCAAAUGGAGAUAGUUGUUCUGGAGACGUCGGCACCGUACUGCCCCGCUGACAGAGUCACCAACAACAAGGGGGACUUCAGGUGGCCAAAGACUUUAGCUGGCAUCCUCUCCUUUCUGCCCUGUGCCCCUGCCACCUUUGGCUCUGCCCCCCACCCCUCUGGCAGCGCCCCUCACCCCUCCAGCCAGAAGGAGAAGAAGGCGUGGCGGAGCUGUGACCGGGCUGGACGCUGGGCUGAAGAGGACUACACUCAGUGCCUGUAUGCCAGUGAACUAACCCGCGUGCUGCAUGAGCUCACACAGAUCACUAUUAAUACCACCAAUGCUCAGCCAUUAGGCCAGCAGUUAGUGGCCUUUACCAGCAGGGCGGCACACUUCACAGAUGUCAUGGAUGUCAUCUUUGUCACACACCUGGUGGAGAGACUGACAAGGCUGGUGGAGAAACGUAGAGACCUAGGGGACUACAUAUCAGACAUAGCCAGCAACAUGAUGCUGGUGGAGGAGCAUAUCCUGUGGAUGGCGCAGAAUGAGGCCAGAGCGUGCACUCGCAUCGUCCAGUGUGUGGAGCGCAUUGCUGACCUGGCACUGACCGGAGACAACCAGGUCAUUUCCAAGGUUUCUGCUAACAUAGCUCUGGAAGCCUUCCUGAUCCACCCGGCUAACUUCCUCGGUCUGUCCUGUACGGCACAUCAACGGCCCCCCUCAUCAUCCGCCACCUCAGCCCUCCCUGACAGCCCCGACCACACUGACAAGGACACGGGCAGAGAGCGUAGUGCCGCGGGGGAAUCGUUGCUCAACUUCAAAUGCCACACUGUCAACAACAGCGGCUCACCGGCCAGUCAGCUCAGCAAGAACUCAGUGGCAGUCGCCUCGAUCCAUUUACCGCUGGCUGGUACGCCUAUCUCCUCCUCUGCCGCGUUGCAAUCUGUUGAUAACUCCACUUGCAAGCUGCAGUUCAUUGUGUUUCGCAAUGGGAAACUCUUCCCUUGUACGGGGAAUUCGUCCAACCUCGCGGACGACGGGAAGCGUAGGAGCGUUUCAACACCAGUUGCUUUCACCAAAUUAGAUGGGUGCAGCAUCGGGAGCGCCGUGCACUCCGUUACUAUUGCUCUCAGGCACUUCGCACUGGGUGUAGACCCCACCGCAGCCUACUGGGAUUUUGACCUGCUGGAUGGACACGGUGGCUGGAGGGCAGAGGGCUGCCACAUAACCGGCUCCGGGGGCAACACGACCACCAUUCAUUGCACCCAUCACAAUAACUUUGCUGUGCUAAUGGAUCUGAAGAAGGUGCUGUCUUUCCCCCCGUACCCUGGGGAGUAUUUGCACCCGGUCGUGUAUGCCUGCACGGCGGUCAUGUUGCUCUGCCUCUUCGCUUCCAUCAUCACGUACAUAGUGCACCACAGCGCAAUCCGCAUCAGUCGGAAGGGAUGGCAUAUGCUUCUCAACUUCUGUUUCCACACGGCUCUGACCUUUGCUGUGUUUGCCGGCGGCAUCAAUCGAAUCAAAUACCCCAUCAUCUGUCAAGCAGUCGGGGUCGUGCUGCACUACUCGUCUCUGUCGACCAUGCUGUGGCUCGGGGUGACGGCCAGGAACAUUUACAAACAGGUGACCAAGAAGCCUCCGCAGAGCCAAGAUGGCGACCCGCCUCCCCCCCGUAAACAGCCCCCCCUGUUGAGAUUUUAUUUAGUCAGCGGUGGAGUGCCCCUCAUCAUCUGCGGGGUCACGGCAGCCGUCAACAUAGACAACUAUGGCAGCGGGGAGCAAGCGCCGUACUGCUGGAUGGCGUGGGAGCCCAGCCUGGGAGCCUUCUUUGGCCCCGUGGCCCUCAUCGUCCUGGUGACGUGCGUCUACUUCCUCUGCACCUUCAUCCAGCUGCGGCGACGCCCCGACAAGAAGUACGAGCUCAAGCAGCUGACGGAGGAGCAGCAGAGGCUGGCUGCCGUCGACGUGCCGACCCACUGCCACCAGGGAGCCGAGCCCGGAGCCCCGGCUGCCCCGCCCGGUGGGGGCCACUGCCCCGCUGGCUGCCCAGGGGUUCCCAUCAACCCCGCCCUACUGGCCAACGAGCACUCCUUCAAGGCUCAGUUGCGAACGGCGGCCUUCACCCUUUUCCUGUUCCUGGCCACCUGGACCUUCGGGGCGCUGGCUGUGUCCCAGGGCCACUUCCUGGACAUGAUCUUCAGCUGCCUGUACGGUGCCUUCUCCGUCACCCUCGGCCUCUUCAUCCUCAUCCAUCACUGUGCCAAGCGGGAUGACGUCUGGCAUUGCUGGUGUUCCUGUUGUCCCGGACGACAGGCCAACGCUUGCUCUGGCGCCCAGGCGCCUGCUCAGGCGCGGCCCAAAGUCAACGUGAAUGGAGACACCCCCGGGCAUGGCCACAGUCACGGCCAGUGCCACCAUGACUCGCCGUGUCAGGGUAAAGCACUGACGAGCUGCGGCCACGGCAGUUUAGGUCGCUGUAAACACGCCGCGCUCCCGUCCUCGCAUAAUCACGUGACGUGUCUGGCACCGGUGAUGCCGUGCUGCGCCGCGCUACACAGCCAGCAGCUGAUGGAGGAGGAGCCGGCGGCUACACACGUGCUGCUACAUGCCGAUCCGGAGGGCUACCGGCCGGGGAUCCAGUUGCACCCCUGCCUAAAGAGCAGCGCCAGGACUAAAGGCCGUCACUUCAGCCGCCGGGCCGGCGCCGCUGCUUGCGGAGCGGUUGGCGAGAGGGAGUACGCCUAUCACAUCCCCUCCAGCGUGGACGGAGGGAGCGUGCACAGCUCACACACUGACAGCCCCCACAGCACACACGAGCGUCACGCCCACGUUUGUCCCCACCUGGCCCACGAAGGCCACCAGGAGGGGCAUCACACGUGCCACGCUGCAGCAGCUGCGACGCACGCGGCCCUGGCGUGCCAUAAUCCCUGCCACAGGCACAUCUGCUGUGCCAAGGCAGACCUUUUCCCUUCUCUGUGCCCGGCAGAGGCGGGCGACGCAGGCGUUUUCCUGUGCGGCUGCGGCAAAGUUGCCGAACAGGACCCGACGGCAACACACCACCAUCUGGAGAUGCACGCCCCGCGCAGACAAUCCUACCCUCAGAACCCACCCAAUCAGAAUGGGAUUCUAAAGGGGGGGCUGCACGAAGGACUCCUAUACACCUCAGACAGCACAGGGAAUAUACGCACUGGACCCUGGAAGAAUGAAACUACUGUGUAGUGUGGGGUGCCCCCUGUCUUGUCCCGCCAAAAAUUAACCCUUGCCACCCUUUCUAGAAUAAAAAACAAAAUGAAUUGAACAUUUUGAACAUCACAAUCAGCGUGGGAUAUUUUUAUUUCAAUGUCCUCAUGUUUUUAUGUGUGCCGUUUUACUGUACAGAAAUCAGAAUGCUCCCUGAAGAGCGUCCAUACACAGAACAGAAUCUCCUCCAUCAAGAAGAAUUUAUGAAACGUGUGUGACAUCAUACCAUCAGAUGUAACUGAAGAUAUUUCCACUGUUUCAUAUUACUACAUCCCCAUCUCUCGCUCUCUCUACAUAUAUAUAGAAAAUGAAUGGUUGUAUGUGUGAAUAUGUGUGUUAGAGCUCAAAGGCAACACGCUGAAAGAUUUUUUUUACACUUUGAAUCUGAUCCAGUACUUAAAACGAACUCUUGGCAUCUAUGUUUUAGACAACUAAACCAGCAAUUGUAGACAUCAUGAGUGUUUUUGCCAUUCAGUCAGGCUACUGUGAACAUCUACUAGAGAUUUUCUAAAUAAUAUACAAAGAUCCUUUCGCUUGGAUGGAUGCCAGUUGAGUUGUGAAAAUUCAAAGCAACAGAAAAAAAGAGAAGUGACAUCACAUGUAAGCGUCCUCCUCCAGGUUGGUAUUGACCCUGCUGUCUGUGCGACGUCUUCACUGUUGUGUUUCUGUUUUUCCGGACAGAUGUAAAUAGCGGCAGAAUCAACAGCAACAGCGUUGGCCAUUGUGAAUAGAGAGUUGGUGUCAUUGAGUCUUUGGAUCCAGUCCAAUUUUUUAUUAACACUGUGCCACAUGGAGCCAGGUCUCUCACAGCAAGUUCAUUGCAACACCAUCGUGCAGUUUUAUCCUUUUCAGCGCCGCUCUGCAAUCCCACAUCAUAACAUCAGCAUAUGGUUCUAUGUAAAAAAUCAAAUGUUUUAGGAGAAAAAGUGCGUGAAUUUGAUUCUAGAAGAAACAACAUGCUGCUUUGGGAAUCCUGCCUGUGACUCUUAUUUUUUACUUUUAAAGGCAGGGUUGUUAACGUUGAAAAGCUCGACAAACUGAAAAGUAGAUUUUCCUUUGGAGUUAGGGUUCGUCCGUGAAGAGAACACCUCUCCAAAGCGCCAGACGCCAUUGAGCGUGUGCAUUUGCCCACUCAUGUUACAACAGCAAACUGCAGUCAGAGGGAGGGAGAGAGAGAGAGAGGGAGAAGGAGGGAUGAACCCUAACCAUAACACCAGAUACUGACUGGUUUUCAGACCCCUCCAAUACAGUAAAACUGCACAUUUUAAGGUGUUCUUUUAUUGUGGCCCGCCUGAGGCACACCUGUGCAGUAAUCAUGCUGUCUAAUCAGCAUCUUGAUCCCACACCUGUGAGGUGGCUAGAGACUCACUAACACAGAUUUAGACAGAUUUUGUGAACAAUAUUUGAGAGAAAUAAGCCUUUUGUGUACAUAGAAACAGUCUUAGAUCUUUGAGUUCAGCUCAUGAAAAAUGGGGACAAAAACAAAAGUGCUGCGUUUAUAAUUUCGUGUGUCGUGUAAAUUGGUAAAUGUUACCAAUCCUGCCUUUAACCGAACUUAACACAACACUUUGCACCGACCUCACCCACUAUUAGCUAAAGCUACAAAAUGACACAUGGCAAAAAAACAAAACAAAACAAAAAAUCAAAAAAGAAUCUAUUUUUUCAUUUGUCUCGUAAAAGCCCCAAAGCAUGCAUGCCUUGUUGUCCGUAGCGAUGUGAUAUAUUUUAACAGCGUCAAUGAAUGCCCGUCCAUGGACGUGUUAUUGGCCUCGACUGCUGCGGCUCGCCAUGUAUCAUCUUUUGUCACAGUCUUGGAUUAAGCCUAUUUCCCAACAAAUACGGUUUUUAUUUCCCACUGGUGAUCUUUAGAUUUAUUCUAGAAUCCCGGCCAGAAAAUCGCAAAGCUCAUGGUUCUGCUUUGGUAGAUAACUCGUGUCAGGAGAGGCCAAGAUUGAAGUAUGGAUUUUUUUUUUGUUACCAUGAAGGUCACAUUCUUCUCUUUGAACAAUUGCCACUGAAAAGAGAGAAGGCAAAACAGCCUCUGUAUUGAUUCAGAAGCACGUGUUUGUUGUUUUAUGAAUGAUGAUAUUGAGUAUGAUGCUCCAGACAAACAUACAUUUCGUCAGAAAAGCCACAUUUUAAAAAGAAAAGGUACACCCAAGCAGCGCAUAUGAUCUCCCAGCAUACCUUGCUCUCGCAAAAGCUCCUUCGGCAUGCACAUCAUCUCUUCAUCCAUGUUGUGCACUCUUGUCUGUGUAUGUAGAAUCAGUUUCUGCAAAUUAUUUUAUAUGAGAUUUAAGCUAUUUAAGAAUAAAAUAAGUCUAUAUGUAAAGAAAGUUGUAUGGGG